AUGGCGGAAGAAGAGAGCCAGUUUGUAGAAUUUGAGCAAAUAGAUUUUUUAAGAGAUAGACAUGUACGAUUCUUCCAAAGAACGCUUCAGGUGUUGCCGGAGAGGUACGCCUCGCUGGAAACGACCAGGUUAACAAUCAUAUUUUUUGCCCUGUCUGGUCUGGAUGUGCUGGACGCCCUGGAUGUGAUUGAUAGGAAGACCAUGAUUGAGUGGAUCUACUCAUUACAGGUUCUGCCCACAGAGGACGAAGCUAACAUUAGUCGUUGUGGGUUUCGAGGAUCGUCACAUAUUGGAAUUCCUUACAGCACUAAGGGUCCAGGUGUUCUCCAUCCAUAUGACAGUGGCCAUGUAGCAAUGACCUACACUGGACUGUGCUCGCUGGUAAUACUGGGAGACGACCUGAGCCGGGUCGACAAACAGGCCUGUCUGGCUGGUCUCAGAGCGCUGCAGCUGGAGGACGGCAGUUUCUACGCUGUUCCAGAAGGAAGUGAAAAUGAUAUACGGUUCAUCUACUGUGCAGCCAGUAUCUGUUACAUGCUGGAUGACUGGUCCGGCAUGGACAUGCAAAAGGCCAUUGAGUACAUCACAGGAAGUUUGCUCUUAGACGUGUUCCAGUAUACAAACUUUGACAAGAACCGGAGCUUCAUCCUGUCCACGCAGGAUCGCUUGGUGGGAGGAUUCGCCAAGUGGCCGGACAGCCAUCCAGAUCCUCUCCAUGCCUACUUAGGGCUGUGUGGUUUGUCUCUGAUUGGAGAGCCAAGUUUGAGGAAGGUCCACCCCGCUCUUAACAUCACCCAGAGAGCCUUUGAGCACGUGCAGCAGCUGCAGCAGACAUGGAGGGAGAGUGCUGGCAGCUGUGGCCGACAGCACUGACAGCAGGAUGCUCCACAGCGCUGGCUCUGAACAGGUUCAGUAACCAGGAACAUCUCACCAGAGUCAGUCCACGGCAACCGGACUUCUGCUGUGUGUCUUGAAGACGCUUGGAUCUGUGAGGCCACCUCGUGUCAGGAAUUAGAAAAGGUUUUUAAGACCCCAGACACACAGUAGCUACUUUGGGGAGCUCAUUUUAAGUCCAUCUAAAAUAACUUUUCUGCUAAGGAAUCUAUGCCAGACUUUUUUGCUGCCUUUUUAUUGUUAGAACGUAAUAAAUAUCAACUUGCUUUUUGUUUUGUGGGGGUAAAAUGAUGUGCCAGAAAAUCCAUUUUGAGUCACUGGAGACUCAAAGAAAUUCCAGAUGCCUCCAUUUUGCUAACUUUUUAGAUGCUGUAGCUUUUGAAGCCUUCUGCUCUCCAUCAUAGUCAACAACGCAAUCUGCUGUAAACGUUCUGCUCGAGGAGGAACUGACGCACUUCACAUGGACAUUAACUUGUGUCUUUAAAAUGGUAUCGGAGUAACUGGGGUCUUCAGUACCUUAAAGCUUCUGAGUUGGCUGUUGUCAUUAAUGUGAAUUGCCUAAAUAAGUACUUGCUUUUGUAGAAAAAUCCCCCUGUUUUAAAGAAAAUAUCACAAGUAUGUUUUUUGUCAGCCGGUAUGGGCACAGUGGUCAUUUUUCUUGGGUUGUGGUGGGUUAAAAAUAGCACAUUUCUUUUGAAUGAACCUUACUACAUCCUUAAACAAAGAAAAUACAGCCAAAGGUGCCAUACAGUUUGUUUUGCCUCUCUGCCCCUCGAACAUCUCCAUCCUCAUGUUGCUUUUGGAUCUCUCCAAAGCCUCCUGUCCCAUAGGAGAGACCAGCCUGGCAGGUACACUCUCACCUCGGCUCGUUUCAACAUCCCAGGUUUUUUUCUGUAAUCACCAGAGAUUUAAAGAUAAAACAGCGACUGGGGGUACAUUUAUGGAAGAGGCAUCUAAGACCCAGCAGCCACGCCCAGGGGCAAGUCUGUGAUCGAAGAGAAAAAUUAAAUAAAAAUAGUUUUAGCUCCAGGCCUUAUCAUUUCAGAUCACAUAAAAUAGAAUGUGUUGUUCGCUUAUUUCCAGAGGAUCACAGAAAAUUAGGCCAGAACAUAAAGAAAUAUAAUCCCUUAUUUCUGCAAGCUAGCCCCCUGACUCCUGAACCGAUCAGAGUUACGUUCCUUCACCAGCUUUCAUUCUUGCUGCAAGGCACCAGCCAGCAUGAAAUCAAUAGAAAAAAGAUGAGACAGUUGCAUUAUGACUUGGGGAAAUAUAUUCUUUUGAACAGCGCUGGGAAUGUUGUUUUCAGACAAGAAAGGAUGCAGGGCAAAAGCAAAGAACCAUGCACAUGAGCACACAGAGAGUCAGGUCUUAAACAACUAUUAUCAAAUGCAUCACAUCCCUUUGGGUCCUCAAACGCCACCUGCAGCUCAAACAAGUGACCUUCCAGCCUUCUUGCUGACUCUUCAAUGAGAAAUGUUAGUUUUAAAUCCUAAUAAGGUCUCAACAUGGUGUCAUAGAGGCACUGAGUUGAGCCGGUUCCUCUUGCCUUCGUAUCACAUUGAUGCCCUGAUUCCCAGUAAGGGACAUUUCCCCAGUUUCAUAGGUCCCUCCAGCCCCCUGCUGAAGCCCCACCCUCUGAUUAUACGUCUGCUGUCACAGCAAACACCUGCUCCCUGAGAUGAUGAGAAAGAAACAAUAGCUCAGCAGGUCAGAAAUACAGCGGCCUGUCUGCACCUGCAGGAGUGCUGUGUUUAGACACUGGAUUUAAAAAUAUGAUAUUGCCUCUGGGGUUUUCCUCACCAUCUAAAAUGAAGCUGUUCUUGGACUGCUUUCCCACCCGAGCAGCCCGUCUUUUCCAGACUCAGAAAAAUAGAGCAGGCAGACAGAGGAAAGAGAAAUGGGAGGAGAGGUGAAUAAAUAAAUAAUUUGAUCCAUCUAUUAUUGAAAGUGAACUGUUGGUGGCUACAAUCUGCUCCCCUUACCUCGGCCAAACCCCCAGUGUUAUAUACCCUCAUUUUGGUGCAAAAACCAAUGUUUGUUGGUUGUUUUUAGCCAUUUGUAUUGCUUGUAAAUGUUUUGCCUAAAAAAAAAGGCUUUGCCACAGUGUGUCUCUCGCAAACUGAUGUACUCCAUUUUCAUUUGUAUCUAUUUUAUCUUUGAGAAAGUUCAGCUAUGACUUGCAUUGCUGCUGCUGAAUUGAGCCUCAGACACACACACACAUACAAGAUCAAUAAGAUAAGCUUCAUCCUAUGAUAUUCUGGUAUCAGUCUUUUUUCUGUAACUACAUCGGAGUGUUCUUUGGUCAAAAUGCACCGAAAGAGAACGACCAUGUCUCCCAUGCAUCUUUUCAAGUGACUUUGACCAUGUAUACCACCUCCGCCGGCUGUCCUUUUGUGUACAUGAUGUAGGCCAAGGCAAAGACCCCCUCCCAAACUCUAAAAUGUGCCUCUAGCGUUUUACUGCUCAAUCAAUGCUCCCUUCUUGCUUUUUUCUGAUUUCACUCCAUGUACAGCAUGCUUUAGUUGAGCUUAGCUUUGCUGUUGUUAUUGUUAAAGAAAAUGCACUGAUUAUAGUGUUCUCUAAAGGGGACGGAAGAAAUGAGGAUCCUAAAUCUUACAUUCAGGAACUGGAACACUUACCCUGUAAAAAAAGAAUUGUCCUCCCAUCUUUGAAGUUGAAUGAUCUAAUUAGACAUCGGUUUCCUGGUCGAUUUACCAGAACUUGACUUUGUCCCUUGAUGUCUGAUCGAUAGUGUAUUUCCAGAAAGAGGGAAUAAACCAUUGACACACAACCCAUACUUGCUUACUCGAUUUUAAAAGAGGAUGAAAGAUUGAAUGGAUUUGCCCCUCACGGCAUCUCAGCAGUUAUUGUACUGCGUCUCCUUUUUGCUACAUCAUGCUGCAGUGGAUGCUCUGUGUCCCACAGCAUGUAAAGAGGGCAGAGGCUUUGCGCUUCUCAGACGCUGCUGCCUUUAGGUCGUCUAGAGAUGUGAAAGACUGCAGCCAAACGCCACACAUGGUUAACCGUAAACCCUUGCGCUAUAUCAUCUAAUAUACAUAAUGUAAUAAUAAAUAAUGUAAGAAAUGCGAUGGAAUUUAUUUUUUCUAUGCUUUGUAGAGAUAUCGAGUGUAGAUAAAUAUGUAAAUGUAUAUAAAUAUGUGACUUCUAUUGUGCAAGUGGUCAAGAGGAAAGAAAUGUUUACAGCUACAUCAGUGAGGCAGUAGAAGGAAUUGGAUAUCCAAAUGUUGAUAUGUGAUGUAUAAAGUACUUCAGCCUUGAAUUUGAGGAAAGUCAUGUUUACUCGAGCUUGGCAGUGAAAACUGUAUUUAUGGUGAAUAAAAACACAUACUAACUUUUA